UGCAUAUUUAUUUAAUACACACAAAAUAUAUGACAUUAAUUACAAUAUUUUGUGUGCAUUAAAUAAAGAUUUGCACAAUAUUUAGUUAAUUUGUAUGGUUUAUCUUGCCACGUACUAGAGAAAGACACAUACAUAUGGUCUAUAUAUCUGGUUGCCCAUAGUGAUCUUCAUCUGUUAUAUAUCAAUAUGUAUAGGCUUAGUCUACUUCGACGAGCAAUUGCCUUAUGUUUCUUUUAUCAUGCUCUUCAAACUAGAGGUGUUCGGUUCUUCCCUACCAUUCAAGAGGAAAAUGAUUCACUAGCCAAAGAUUUUGUCCAUGGUCCAGCCAAACAAAAUCUCAAAAGCUUGAAGUCAAACUCCACUGAGUUAAUAACUUCUGGAGGUUCUAGUUUAUGGGAUGAUCCCUAUUUUGUGUCACACCUAACACAUUCUGGAGGUCCCAAUGACAACUAUUAUGGCUUACAUGCCACCAUGGAUGUGUAUGGCCACGAACUAAAACAUGGCCAGUUGAGUUCGACUACGUUUUGGAUUAAUCAUGCCGGAGAUGGUAAAAAAUCAAGCUAUAAUGCGAUUCAAGUUGGCUGGCAUAUUAAUCCAGAACGAUAUGGCGACUCACAUCCUCACUUCUACACCCGUUGGACGAGAGAUAAUUAUGAUGCAACCGGCUGCUACAACAUGGACUGCCCUGGUUACAUACGGGUAGAUGGCGCUAUUAUAGCUCCGGGUGAUGCUAUACAUCCAGUUUCUAAUGUCCCUGAUGGACCUAGACAAAGUAUCACUCUGAGGGUGCUAAAGGACAAAAGAAGUGGAGAUUGGUGGGUGUAUUACGGCUUCAAUAAAAUCCCCACUGGCGUGGGAUACUUCCCUAGGUCGUUGUUUAGCUACUUAGCAGAAAAGGCAGACGGAAUGCAAUUUGGUGCAUUUGUUCAAGCUAAAAAAGCACUUCCAACUCCUCCAAUGGGCAGUGGUGCCCUCCCAAAUGGUGGUAAGGGUCGCGCCGCAUCAUUCAAAGACAUUAGAUUCAUUGACCAGGAUGGAAAUAGCAGCCCGAUCAAGGAAGACCUGCCCAUGUUUGUUACUGAUAGAAAAUGCCACUCUAUCACCCAUAUUGAUCAUGCUGAAUGCUUUUAUGGUGGUCCUGGAGGGUGUAUGAGAUAAGAUGUGAUACUUUGAGCUUGGUAUCACCUAGUGUUAGUUGUCAAAUAAAAUGGCAUGGGUGAUAAAAAUUAUGAAGAGAGUAUUCGCUACACUAUGAAAACCUUUGCUUGCAACAAACAUGCAUCCCUCAUACUUAAAUCGACCUAACCAUCAAAGGAGUUAUAUGGAAUACUUGUAUGUUUAGAUGUGAGGCAACAUAAUAAUUUUGUUG